UGAGUCCUUUAGUACACACGGGAAACCCCGUAUUGACUUCUCUUCACAUUGAAUUCCUCAAUUUUCCGACAUUUCAACAUAACACACCGAGUUGUAAAUACGCAUAAAUCGCUCGGUCUAACAUACUAAGACGUAUAUUUUUGUUCUCACUAGUCAUUGUCUCAUACUCAUCUGUGCUACAAUGUCUCAACAGUUUUGUUUAAAAUGGAACAACCACACGACGAACAUGUUACAGGUAUUCGAAAACCUCUUAUCCACAGAAGCCCUCGUGGACGUUACGCUGGCAUGCGAAGGGCUCAGCCUCAAGGCACACAAAAUGGUGCUCUCCGCUUGCAGUCCCUUCUUCCAGAGUUUAUUUUUAGAGAACCCCUGCAAGCACCCAAUUGUGAUAAUGAAAGACAUGAGGUACAGCGACCUCAAAGCCAUCAUCGACUUCAUGUACCGCGGAGAAGUGAAUGUGUCCCAUGACCAGUUGUCAGCACUCCUCAAGACGGCAGAGACGCUCAAAGUCAAAGGCCUCGCAGAAGUGACUGGUGAAAACAGACAUGCUGCGGGAAUUGUGCAACAAGAAAUCAUUGCCCCAUCAGUGGCAACACCCCUGACACCCACCGCUCAAAGGACAGACACACCACCCUUAGUUGGGAAAAGAAAACGUGGCCGUCCAAGAAAGCGGUCACUUAGUGAUUCUAAUCGCAGUGAUGAUGAAGGGGUGGCAACUAAAAUCAAAGAGCAGGACUCUCCCGACGUUGAGGAACUGUCCGGGGAUGCGUCCAUGGAGGCCCCAAGUGAUAUGCGUACAGGCGGCCUUCCCAAUUCAUCCAAUUCACAAUCUCAGGUACCCUCACACUCAUCGAACAAUGUAAAUAGCUUCUCAAAAUCCCAUCUGUCCAUCUCGCAAGAUCCUCAGGUCGAUGACCAAGCAUCAGGUGAUGAGAACGAAUUCGAAGUGGAACCUUCGAAGUUGUUAGAACAAACUCUUACUACGGACAAUGUUCCUUCUAAUAGUCAAAAUAGUACAGGGCACGUAAAUCUUCCAUCUGUAAGUGGCUUAGAAAUAUCGAGGCGGUCAAUGAGUAGCACAGAUAGUAUCAGCCAAGCCGUAGUUCCUGCUUCAGAUUCACUAGGUUCAAAUUUACAAGGUCCAGACAGUCCACAAGAUAUCAAACCACAAAUUCUUUCAUUUGAUGACCCACCCAUCUCCCCUGUUGCUGGAACAUCGCAUGGAUCAGAAAGGUCCAUGAUGAUGUACAUGGACCAGUCAGGUGUGGCAUCCAUACCUGGACCAAGUAAUUAUCAAGAUAAUAGUGCCCUUGUACCGCACGAUUCUCAACCUCAAGGUAUAAAUAUACUAACAGAAACUUUGCAAAAUGGGAAACAAAUAAAAUCCGCUAAAAAAAUUCUUUUGCCAAUGACUCUUUCAACUGUACCCCAGCUGUUUUUAAUUAACAGUGGUGUCUGGCAGCAGCCACAAACACAAAAGGAAAUUGAAAUUGUGGAUAGCCGUACAUUAAAUAAUGCAAUAAUUCCACAUAUUAAAGAGGAAGAACCUGAUUCUGAUACACCUGUGCCACGAAUCAACAAGUUCCAAAUGAUAGAUUCAGAUACUCCUUUACCAGAAUUCAGUCAAUUAAUCAAGAACCACUUGGAAGAAAAUAAUUUGAGUGCUGUUUGGGGAAUAUUUGUGGAUGAGUGUGCAAAAUACUAUUAUGAAAGAUACCCAAACAUACAAAAUAGCAGUGAGUAUCAAGCUAUUGGAAGAAAGAUGUUUAAACAUUAUCCAGCUAUUGAAUAUGAAGGAAAAGAACCAUGGUCUUUCUUCUGCAAAUCUCUGAGCCAGAAAAUCCGACACAUGAAGUGGAAACUCAAACGCAAACGCCUUGGUCUCACUCCUAGAAAAGCUCGCAAGACAAAAGAUGGCCGAAAUAUAGUAAGCAAUAUUAAAAGGAAAGUAGAUAGACGAUACACACCUAGCAAACAAUACAAAGCUUUGCUCAGAGAACUUUCUGAUGGAUGGACAAACAAAACCAUUUCAGAAGGUAGAAUAAAUGACAUUUUACAUCAAACUUGCAAAGGUCGGCGAACCUGGUUGGAUUCACAUGCACAUCGUAGACUGUUCUCUCUGAUUGAGGAAUAUCCUUGCUUUGCUGAUGGAAAAUAUGUUAUGAAUGAUUUCCUUUACUUAAUGAAUAUUGAGAGUACCGCAGAAAUGAAUCAAAGACUUGAGUCAUUAUUUACAACUGUAGGUUCUAUGAUGGAGCCAUCAGUGGAAAAUACUAGUUUUCUGCAGAAAGUUCAAAUUUUAAGGUUCAUGGAAGACCAGAUAUCUUUCAGCAGAGGGAAAAGCAGUUUUUCCAGAAGUAUUAUAGUUCACAAAAUUAACAUACCUGAGCACGAGAUGCUGCAGCAAGUUCAGAGUAUUGAAAACUCAUCUCCAUUGUUGUAUAUAUUUAGUGAUGGAGUACAACUGCAGAAAGCUUUGGUUGCAGGGGAUAAAACAGUUAUUCACACUAAUACCACAGACUUGAAUGAAGCUCUCAUCAUUCUUAUUGCUACAUAUUAUACUUUUUCCAUUGAAUAUCCAAAAACAUUCUCCCAAAUCCUUGGCUUGCUCCAGACUUAUGUUGUGGGUGAAUCUUAUGAUGGCCCAAAGAGCAAUAGAUGUAAUGCAUUCAGAAAGAUAUUAAAUCUGUCAUUAGGUUAUGAAGAAGAAGAGGAAGAUGAUUAAAAAGAAUUUUCUUAGUCAAAUGAAUACUUUUUAACCAUGAAGAAUGAAACUUUUCGUGAUGGGCUGUCGGAUGAUUGGAUAUUAAAUAUCAGGAGAGAAAUUGAGGCAUUUUGAUUUUAAAGGAGAUAAGUAUAAAUAUUCAUGAUCUAUCUCAUUUUUGUCAUACAGUUUGAAAUACAUUUUUAAAAAAUUCUAUUUAGAAUAUUGCUUUUCCUCAUGCAUUAGCAGUCCAUACAAGUUGAAAUACAAUUUUAGAUAUUUAUUUGUUGUUCUUAUCUUCAAUAAAGAAGAGUUUUGUUAUCAUUAUUAUUAGAAACACUAUUUGCUUAUUACAAAAGGUGUAUAAGGUAAUAAAAAAAAAGUAAAACAAGGAAUUAGCUUUUGUAGUAACUCUAUGUUACUGUUAUGCAUAAUAAUUGGAAUAGAAAUUUUUGAUCAAUCAAACUAAAAAGUGAUAUAAAUAAUUAUUAAAAAUUAAUUCUGGGAUGAUAUCGAUAGUCUAAUAAUAUUUAGUAAACAGGAAAUGGAAGACAAUCUUAACUAGAAAAUAUAUCCUUUCUCGCAUAUUAAAUUCAAAAUAAAAUGUUACAUUUAACAUACUAAUCCAACACAAUCUAUCCUUUUUUUUCGGUCCAUCUUAUAUAAUGGGGAAAAAAGACAUUUUUCUUUUGUUGAUACAUGGAAAGAAUAUGAUGUCAAUUAUUUACACUAACUGUAUUUUAUCAGGUAAACUAAUUUCACUUACAAAAAAUUGUAUUAUAUUUGUUUCUUAAUGAAACUAGCCAUUUGCGUUAAUUUUGGUAAUUCUAUUGGCCAUUUUAAUUUGAUGGUAAGUAUUUAAAUACAAUUUCAUAUUGAAAUAGCUAUUAAAUUUUAAUGAUGAUUCUCAGUUUUAAACAGGAAAAAUGUAUGGCAAUAUCUACUUUUUUUUGCAUAUUUUCAAAUAUUGUCUCAAAUACUUUUCUGCUUUCUUUAACUUAAGUAUGGAAAAGGAACUAGGUUAAUAAAGUGUUAUUAACAUAAUUUUUUGUCAAUUGAGGAUAUUAUAUUGCAAAUAUAAUUUGAGCAUGACAUGAAUAGAAUUCAUUUUGAAUAACUUUUGUUUCAACAGAAUUUAAACUGAUAAUAUGGCAUAAAUUGCUCGUCCACAUACCUUUUAUUUAAUAUUAAAUAACAUUCUUGCUACCUACUAUAUCUUUCAGUCAUUAUCAGAAUUUAUAAUAAAUGUGAUAUAUGAAGUAUGCUUUUACAUUGAACUACAAAAUGAAAUCUGCAGUGGUUGAUUACUUUAUUUAAAUUACAAUGAAGAAAACUUAUGUAAAAUUUUUUGUUGUUACUAUAAUAUAGCGUCAAUUAUUCUAAUUAAGUACUUUAGUGCAUUCAUGUGAUUUUGCAGUUAAACAACUGAGUGUGGUGAAUCUAGUGUUGAGUCAUUCUAAUAAAAGUUUUGCUUUGUAUCACUCUUUUAACACAAAGUAGUGUUAUAAUUGUAGCUUGCACUUACCUUUAAGAAAUUUUUUUUCACACAUUGAUAUCUUGUGAUUUAAAAAGAUGUAUUGAAUUGUAAAUAUUUACUUCUGUGCUAUUGUAUGAAAUAAAUGCAUUUUGAAACCAAAAAUUUAUAAACGUCUGAACAAAAUGAAAAGUUUUUAUGUUCAGCAUCUAAAUAUCAAUAAAAAAUAUUUAUAUUCGU